GGCAAACCUCCCUUGGAGAGGCCGGGGAACGCCCACAGGCCACAGAACCAACAACGCUCAUCCACACAUCAAGCCUGGAACCUAUUCUACAUCAGGACAAAGGCCCUGAGAAAUGUGACCCCAGAACUUGAUUCUUACGGCCAGAGAGGGGUGAGAAACCCAACAUGUUCACUCGAACAGUCAGAUAUGACGCUUCUAUCCAGACUGGAUAAUGCAUUCCUGCAUAUUUUCAUCUUCGGAACAGGUGGUUUGAGAUGCAAACGAAGCACUAAGUGUCAGAGCCGUUUCCUAGCAGUGGCUAUUUUGCAGGCGUUACCAUGGCACCAAUUCAACAGUGUUCUCAGAGGCGGCCGCACCUCAGCAAGGUCUUUCUAACUCAGGGCAGCAAAGUUCAAGCACACCGACAGACGCCAACCAUGGAGAAGCCCUGCACCCACAGCAGGAGGUGACUCUGUGCGGUACAGCUGCCUUCUGAGGCUCCUGGGCACGGGGAGCUUAGAGAGGGGGAAAAAGAACCUGGACCGUCUCCGAGAGCACCUGCAGCGGGAGCCAAGCCUGGAGACGAGAUGACGGAUUGCGGCUAGAAGACAAAGGAAAGAGCCAUGGAGCCGUUAUUUGAGGAGUACCUAGGAAAUCGCGGAACAAUAGUGAAACCUUACUACUGGCUAAGCUUCUCUCUAGAUUGCUCCAGUUGUCCUUACCAUAUUCGGACAGGGGAAGAAGCGCGAGUUCCCUACACAGAGUUCUAUCAGAUUUUUGGAUUCCCUUAUGGGCCAACACAUCCUCACACCAAGCACCUCACGUUCUACGAGCUGAAAACUUCCAGCGGGAGCCUGGUGCAAAGGGGGCACGCCAGCAGUUGCACUGCGAACAACACUCACCCAGAAUCGAUGCUGUUUGAGACGCAUGGGUACCUGGACGCGGCCGUCUACAACAACGACGGCAUCAGGCACAUCGUUCUGUACUCUAGCAGCUCCCCGUGCAACGAGGCUGACCACUGCUGUGUCAGCAAAAUGUACAACUUCCUGACCGCGUAUCCAGACGUCACUCUGAGCGUUUACUUCUCUCGGCUCUAUCACACCGACACUGAUUUUCCGGCCUCGGCGUGGAACCGUGAAGCUCUCCGGAGCCUGGCGAGUCUGUGGCCGAAGGUCACUCUGAGCCCAAUCAGUGGUGGGAUCUGGCACUUUCUCCUCGACAACUUUGUGAGCGGUGUUUUCGGAUCCACUGUCUUCCAGCCCAUUCUAACCAGGAGAGCGCUGGCUGACAGGCACAAUGCGUAUGAAAUCGGCGCCAUAACAGGGGUGAAACCUUAUUUCACCGAUGUUCUUUCCCAGACAGGAGAGGGCCAGAACGUGACCGCUCAGGCGGCUGCGGAGAGCUACACCUUCCACAGCAUCUUUCCUGGACAGUCUCUUCCAGUGACAAGUGCACAGCCACAGCCCAGCCUGACACCAGACCUCAGGGUCCCCGUCGUCUUUGUGCUGGUGCCUUUCCGAGACCUACCCCCCAUCCAUGCCGGUCUCAACCCGUACAAGCCCAGGAAUGUCGUCAGGCACUUGAACAUGCCCCAGGUGCCAUUCCGGGAAACCAAGGACCUCAGGAGGCCGGCCACCGCGAUGUCAGUGGAGACAGCGGAACUCACAGACCAGUCUGCAAGUAACGAGGCAGACGGAAAGAAAAAGAAAAGCAAACGGAAAAAAUAACAUCGACAUUCUGACACCAUAAGACCAAACAAAUUACCAGAGGACUUACACGAUAACCAACAAAAAUCUGGAAACUUUCUCUCUCAGGUGUGAGCCAAGGUGGCGAUGAACUGAUACACCAAAGGCAAAACCUGGAUUAUUUACCAUCUCAACUGUCAUAAAGCUAUGCUAUUCUAGGCCUCAUCCAAAACGUUUCCAUAAGCAACUUAAUAUCUUUCCUUUAUUUUGAAAGUGGCAGGAUCAAAGGGAGCCAUUAGUACCUUGCCAAUAUUUUGGUGUGAAAAAGACACUGUCACCACUCAGGUCUGCUCAUGUCAUCUUUCCAUUAAAAAGGCCUGUGGACUAAAUGGCUUCCUAAACGGGUUUCGGCAUAAAAUUUUACUGUAAACUUGGAAAACAGCCUGAAGUUACUGGCAUUGAGUGCUGUUUGCAAAAGCAAGUCAAUGCUUUUCCACUAACUGUUCAUUGUGGACAGAAGAUUUUAGGCAGCCCAUUUUUUUCUAAAGUGGUUCGAAAUAGCUUCGUGUGGGGAAAAAGCUCUUCUGCUAAUUGAGCAGAUACAGCUACGAAAAUCGAUGUUUGAAAUGCAGCCACCUGCUCGGCAUGAUCUCUCCCAGCCCAGGCCUCUCCUGCCUGAGCGGACGGCAGUGGCAGCGAGGGUGGCACGUGCGACUCUCCGGAGGCUCCUUCCGCCUCGUGCCGGAGAGACCCAAGCCACUCUCGCUGGCUCUCAAGUCUCCUCCCCUGCCUUCCUGUGGCCCCGGCUCAUCCGCAACAUUGUAAGUUCCUAUGGGUCCGGUACUGUCUCCUUUCUUUAGUUUCCCUAUAGGAUCUGGCACAAUAUCUGGGCAAAAUACGGGUGGCAAGGCUGUGAAUCUACGCCUCGAAACUACCAGUCACUGCUCCCCGCCAUUCUUCUCCAUUCUAGCCAGGUGGCCACGUAGCUGUCCUGCCGCGGACACAUUUUUUGGUGGUUGUCAGCGUCCGCUCUUCCUUCUGAGAUGGCCCCCAGUGCAUACCGGUAAUUUGUUUUACUUCCUUUUUUCUGAGCACUUUUUUUCCCACCAAGGCAUAUCUAUACCUUCUCUUAAAGCCUUGUUCCAAACA